UUGUUAAGGGGGCAGGGAAUUAUAGUUGUCUGUGUGGGUAUGCUCCCGUUUAUAGGAUUUGCGGGGUGUGUGUGAGGGAGUCACGUGCUUUAAAUAUUUGGUGUGCGGGCAGCCCACGUCACCAGCUGUCUCCCAAAACAGGCUUCUCUCUUACAAAGCAAGUUCCUUGAUCGGAAGUAGUCCCACUGAAAUGAGAUAAAUUAUUUUCAGGUAAACAGGUUUAGAAUCCCGGCCAGCCGGCCGCCUAUUGUCACCAAAAGGUAGGCGAGCUUUUUUAACCUCUCGGCCAAAAACCAAAACAAACGCGAGGUUUCAAACUGGGACACGCGUAAGUGUAAGCCUUCGUUUUCCCUUUCGUUGCCGCUCAUUCAUCAGAACUUCGGGCUCUUCCUCGUUCACGACUGCGCGGCUCAUUGAUUGGUCGCCACGGGAAAAGGAGUGGCUCUGCUCCCACUGCUCUAUAUAUCCAGAAGAGGUCCAGGAAGGAAGCUACCAUGGCUACUGACAAUCUCAAGAAGAGACUUCGGGAGGAAAUGACAUGCUCUGUUUGCCAGGACUUCUUCCUUGACCCAGUAAUCUUGGAUUGUCAGCACAGCUUCUGUUCUGCUUGCAUUGCCCAGUAUUGGGAGGAUUCUUCCACAAACAUCCUCUGCCCUGUGUGUAAAUGGGCCAUCUCUGGAAAGAGGUUCAAGCCAAAUAAGCAGCUGGCCAGCUUUGUCGAGAUAACCAAGCAACUGAACAAUCAGGAGAGGAUGAAGGCCGAAGGGAAGCAAAUCUGUGAGAGACACGAGGAGCCCCUGAAGCUCUUCUGCAAGGACGAGCAGGUCCCCAUCUGUGUGAUGUGUGACAGGUCAAAGGAACACAGAGGUCAUAAUGUGGUUCCCAAGGAGGAGGCUGCCCAAGAGUAUAAGGACCGCAUGUGUAGCUCCUUGGAGACGCUGAGAAAGCAGAGAGAAAAGAUGCUGGUGUAUAAAUCGAAUGCAGAAAAGGAAAACCAAGACCUGCUUAAACAAAUAGAAUCCGAGCAGGGGAAACUGACAGCUGAGUUCAAGGAAUUAUACGACAUUCUGAAAAAGCAGUCAAGCCUCCUGGUGGCCCAGAUGGAAUGUGCCAACAAGGAGAUUGUGAAGAAUAGGAAUGAGCAGGUGGACAGACUCACCCAGGAACUCUCUUCUCUGGACGGCAUCAUCCGAGAGACGGAGGAGAAAUCUCAGCUGCCUGUGGAUGAACUUCUGCAGGGGAUCAAAGGAACGUUUCUUUUGGCCACUUGCCCAUCCUGUGGGAUAAACCAGCGGCCAAUAUUCUGAGGGAGAAAGAAAAAAAGGGGGGGACCCCCAAAACACCAAAGGUGUAUAUAAAUAUAUAUAUAUAUAUAUAUUGUUGUAAUUCCAAAGUGGUUUAUUAAAAGAGCAAAAAAAGCCCAACGUGUUUUGGCCACUUGAGUUUUUUCUGAACCAGAAAUGGCAGGGACCAAAGGGCGUUCCUGUUCCAUUCCUGUCUCAUCCUGGGGAAUCCAGAAAAAACAUGUUUGUAUCAUGCAGAUUCAAUAUCAAUAAUAAGAACAUUACGAUGCUAAUAAAGCCUAAUAGUGGCAUUAACCAU